CCCUUCGUACACUCACAAAUUCAGCCUCCAACUAAAAUCUGCACCACUUUGCAAACAGACUCUCUGUCUCUUCUUCACCGUUUAUCAAAUAUUGAUCACUGCAACAAAUGGAUUUAGAUGAGGGAGUUUCAAUAUCGGAGAGCGCAGCUGGACAUGGGUUGGUUAUAGAGGAAGGCGAUUCAAUUAUGGAGGAAGGAGAUUUAGUUGUGCGGGAAUGUGACUUGAUUGGGCCAGAAUGUGAUUCUAUUAUAGAACCAUAUGAGGGUAUGGCUUUUGAAUCUGAAGAUUCUGCCAAGAUUUUUUAUGAUGAAUAUGCUCGCCAGAUAGGAUUUGUAAUGCGUGUGAUGUCUUGUCGUCGUUCUGAAAGAGAUGGAAGAAUUCUCGCACGUCGACUUGGAUGUAAUAAGGAAGGUUAUUGUGUUAGCAUCCGGGGCAAAUUUGGGAAUGUUCGAAAGCCACGUGCUAGUACAAGAGAAGGUUGUAAAGCAAUGAUUCAUGUAAAGUACGAUAAGUCUGGAAAGUGGGUGAUAACAAAAUUUGUCAAGGACCAUAAUCAUCCUCUAGUAAUUGCUCCACGUGAAGCUCGUCAAACAAUGGAUGAAAAGGACAAGAGAAUUCAAGAAUUAACGAUGGAGCUACGGAAUAAGAAGCGGUUAUGCGCCACAUAUCAAGAACAGUUGAGUGCAUUUAUGAAAAUAGUUGAAGAACACAGUGAGCAACUAUCCAAGAAGGUUCAAAAUGUAGUAAGAAAUCUUAAAGAAUACGAGUCCAUAGAUCAACAACUUAUUACGCGCCAUACAUAGUAACCGUCCUGCUUCAGGUCAUUUUGUUGCGCGUUCUUUUACUGUUUUACUCCUUUGUUUCCAUUUUUCCCACUGAGCUAUUAUUUGAAAUGUAAUUAUAGAAUAUUUUUCCCAUCCUAUUUUGUAACAUAUGUGAGAACAACUAUACAGAGAGAUUGAGA